AUGAACCACUGCAAAACAGUGUCCAAGAAGACCACCGCGAGAGCUGCUAUGCUGAGAAGGGCCAGGACCAGCAGAGCGUGCCUGGCCUGGACUGAGCCCCAGAGAGAAGCAGAUGCCAUGGCCCAGAUCCAGACACGGGACCCGGCAGAGGAGCAACAGGAAGCCACACAGAUUGAGGAGCUGCUCUUGGACAUGGAUCAGCUGGAGACUGUCCCUGAGGUGCAGGCUCUGCCCAGUACGGCCCCAGUGACGGGGGAGUCCUUCUGCCAGUGUCAGCUGAACGACGAGACCACUCUGGGGGCCAUCGUGAACAGUUUCACCCUCAUCAGUGACUGCAAGUGUGGGGAGGAGGACCAAGACUUUGACUGGGUCUGGGAUGACAAGUCCAAAGUCACCGGAACCUUCUUGAGCUGUGACAAGAGGAAAGUGAGUUUUCACUCAGACUACAGCUGUGGCACAGCCGCCAUCAGAGGCAGCAGGGAGCUGACAGAGGGACAGCACUUCUGGGAGGUGAAGAUGACCUCUCCUGUGUAUGGGACAGACAUGAUGUUGGGAAUAGGAACAAAGGAAGUGAACUUGGACAAGUUCAAAUACAGCUUUGGCAGCUUCUUGGGCCACGAUGAGGACAGCUGGGGCCUGUCCUACACAGGACUGUUCCAGCACAAAGGAGACAAAGUAAGGUUCUCUUCUCGCUUUGGUCAAGGGUCCAUCAUCGGGGUCCAUCUGGACACAUGGCACGGCACUCUGACCUUUUACAAGAACCGCGUCUGCAUCGGUGUCGCUGCUGCCAAGUUACCCAAUAAGAAGUUCUACCCCAUGGCGUGCUCCACCGCGGCCAAGAGCAGUAUGAAGGUGAUCCGAGCCUGCACCACCGCCACCUCUCUGCAGUACCUGUGCUGUGUGCAGCUGCGGCGCAUGGCCCCCCACCAUGAGGACCUGCUGGGGGCUCUGCACCUGCCCCCGGGGCUGCACGGCCUCCUCAGCGCACAGAUGGGCUGGGUCUUCUCCUUAAACCACAGCCCUCACAGUAAUGACACUUCAGAGCCCGGUGUGCAGUUGUCAGACAUCUGCUGUGAAGACAUGAGUCUGUCCUCCAGCCCCAGUCCCAACAUCAGCCCCAACAUCAGCCCCAACUCUGUGUCGGGUCUGAGGGAAUGUGCCUCCCCCAGUCGCUUUGACCCUGUCCCACACCAGUGCCCCAGCCCCAGUCUCUUUGACCCUGUCCCUCAGCAGAGCCCCGGGCAGACCCAGGCUCACACCUGCCCCUGCCCCCUGACCUCUGACGACGACAGUUGCAGCUCAGAGCCUGAGGAUUACCAGAGGAAGAGGUGCCGCUGGACAUGA